AUGGAGGUGCUGCUUCUGGACACGACCGAGAAGGAGGGCGAGGACAACACGCUCUACCACUACGUACACUCCAGCGACACGGCCGGUUGCUUCUCGACAACGUCUAGGACAAAUACGACCCAUUGGCUGGACCUCCGAGGGGUGUUGGCGGCUGCGGUUGGAGCCACGACGUCGCUUUGUGGUGAACCGUUGAAGUUCGCACGCUUUGGGAAUGGAGACUCGAACGGAAGCACUGGGAUUGUGGGCUUCGUCAACAUCUACGAAGUCUUGUACGCACUCGUCUUCACCUCACCGGAUAUCCCCGAAGCGAUCGUUCAGUACUACACACGUUCGAGCUGUGACCUUCUCCUGAGUCUUCUCGGAUACCCAGACGCAAAGCUCGGGCAGUGGCGUCGGCGCGAUGGAUCCUCAGUGAGCAUGGGCACUCUCAGUGCACAACUAGAUACCAUCUUCCGAGGCAUCUGCAGCGUCAUUCACAAGGACUUGAGCUUCGGUUCACAUCUCCACUUCGCCUUUGACGGGCGUGUACCCGCAGUCAACUAUCCGUUGGAAAUCAUGGCAAAGUUGGCCGUUCUGGACUCUCCCUUUGGUGACACCACGACCUCCACACAGAAGUACACAGCAAUCGGUCGAUGCGUCUUUUACCGCAAGCAGCUCGUGUUCUCGACAAUGCGCAGCGACUUCCUCCGAAUGUUCUUCCAAUGGCUGUUAGCUGGAGAUCAGUUUGCACCUGACUCGAGUGUGACGGAGCCCCCACGCGAAGACGGUGACGGAUCUCCGACGCGCAUCGACACCUUUGAGCUGCACGAUUUUCGAUUCACUCGCCAUGGUGGAUACCCAAAGCGACACGCAUUACUGAUCAUCACCAAGGGCUACCGCAAACUGGAGUUUGAAGGCACAGACGACGCCGUCGAGUGGGCCAAAACUCUAAGCGACGAUGUAAACCAGCAGUCUGUAGAAGAGGUUUUCACCUUCUGCAAGCAGCACCUCGAAGCGUACCUGGAAACCACGCAAACACUGCGUCAGGAGCGCGUGGAGGCGCUUCAAACGCAGUGCGCAGAGCAGCUACAUCGAGAGCCUUUGGAUUCAUUCCUGUGGUACUCAGUCGCUCUUGAUCAUUUCCGAGGCGUUAUCAUCGGCGACGUGCUUCCAUUCACUCAUCUCGACGCCCAAGACCAGCGGAUCAAGUCUCAGCAACAGAAUCACGACUCCAUCUUGGCUCGAUUUGUCCAGCAUAUCGUCGCCUUGCAGCAGAGUACGCGCUGCAUGCACGGCCCCAUAACUCCUGAAACAUCCCCCGAGCUCCCAUCAGGAAUCCGACCACUAAAGCUCAACGUGGACGACCCAGACACCCUCUUCUUACGUGAAAAGCCGACCGACGAAGGCGACAUCUCCACCGGGGACGCGCAUGUUUUCCCCGAGCUUCAAUACACGCAGGCGUCCUACGAAAACAAAGGGCGUCAGCUGCGUCAGACGGCUGAGCGGGUUUUCGUGCAAGGCCAUCCAUUCUGGAUCAUCGCUACUUACUUCGAGACGCUGGAGUUCUUCAGUAUUCUGGACGCUGCCUUGCCGCUGGAGUUGCUGGAGCACGAGAUGAAUCGCCUGUGUGCGUUUGGUGGCGCUGAUCCAGCAACAACCUCAGAACCAGAUAAAUAG